CGAUUAUUUUUAGUGGAUGUCUAUUAAGCCCUUAAUCAACGUCUAUUAAAUUUGCCUAUUCAGCGCCAAUGUUGAUCCGCUAAAUAACGUCACUUAGACAUUUUUUUAAUCAAUAUUUUAAUCGACGACAUAACCGUCUUUAAAUAAUUAUUUAUGUUGACAUUCAUAUAAAAUCGGUCAAAAUGGAUAACGUUCUGCAAGAAAUUCAGUUUAUUGAAGAAGUUGAAAAUAAUUUCAACAUAUAUCCGUUGGCUCGUGCUCGUGGUGUUUUCCGUCCGCGUAUUAAUACUUUUGCGGAAUUUUCAGAAAAGGAAUUCAUAAAACGCUAUCGAUUAAAAAAACAUACAUUCCGAUAUGUGUUAGACUUAAUUAAAGAAGAUUUAAGAUUGCAGACCUACAAUUCGAAUAAUAUUAGUCCGGAAAUGCAGCUCCUCAUAGCGCUACGAUUUUUUGCCAAAGCAAGUUAUCAAACAGAAACAGGAGAUCUGCACGGUGUUAGUCAGGCUUCCGUGAGUAGGAUUGUACUAAAGGUAGCUCGAGCUUUAGCUUCUCGACUACCUCAGUUUGUUAAUUGGCCAGAAAAUUUUCGUGAGCUCAAGCGAAAUUUUUACAAUAUUAGGGCAUUUCCUGGGGUGGUGGGUUGCAUUGAUUGCACCCAUAUUAAAAUAAAGAAUCCUGAUGGACGUCGACCGCUGUUAUACUGCUGCAGGAAAGGUUUUUAUUCAUUGAAUGUGCAAGUUAUUUGCGAUUCAAACACCAGAAUCAUGGACAUUGUAACCAGAUGGAGGGGGAGCGUCCAUGAUUCUAGAAUUUUUAACAAUUCCCGCAUUAAAGAGGAUUUUGAGAGCAAUCUAAAACAAGGGAUUCUGUUGGGUGAUAGUGGGUAUGCCUGUACUCGAUAUAUGUUGACACCAUUGCUACAACCAAGAACAGCAGCAGAGCUAAGAUACAAUGCUGCGCAUAAAGGAACUAGAGUGGUUAUUGAACACUGCUUUGGUCGAUGGAAAAACAUGUUCAAGGCACUGAGGCGAAACUUGGAGACAAAAUUAAGCACUGCAAAAAUAAUAAUUGUUGCAACAGCAAUACUUUACAAUAUUCGCCUCGAGAGGGACAAUAACUUUGAAGAUGAUUCGUCAGAAUCAGAUAGUGAUAAUGACGAUCAACCUAUUCGACCCAAUCCCAGAAAUGAACAAGGAAAUAUUUUUAGACGUUUAUUUAUUCAACGAUAUUUUGGUAACAACAAUAGGUAAUUAAGAUUUGAAACGUUUUAUUUUUGAUCUUGUAAUUUUUCUAUUUGUAAUUUUAAUAACUGUUGUUUUAAUAAAAAUGUUCUUUUUUCAUGUAUUCUUCUUGCGUUUUCACGGCGCAGCUUAGCCUUGAACAGAACUUCUUCAUGUUUCACUUUUAAAUUUAUAAAUUCUAUUUCUUUUUCAUAAUACGCUGUUUCGUUUUUUUUCCUAGUUUGAAUUUGGUCCUCAUGGAUCGAAACCAUUUUGUGCUGAACGUUUAAUUUUUUGUUUUUAUUUUUUAUUGACGGUGAAGAAGAGAUCUCCGGAAGAUUCUGUAAAUCCAACUGAGGAGCAAAAAAUUCGGUUGGAGAUUGACUACAAAUAAAAUAAGUAUAUGUAUCUAUUUUUUUCACAAUAUUCACUAAAAUAAAGUACCUUCCACAAGGUAUUAUAAAGCCACUUUCUGGGUCAACUAAACCAUCAGUUGAUGUUGGGACCUGAAAUAGAAUUUCGAUAUUGAAUUACAGUUAUCUUAUGUAUUUUGUUCUUUAACUAACAGUGUCCUGGACUUUUCUAUCCUGAACAACAUCGGAAUCAAAGAGGGCUUCGUCCUCUUCAAAAUCAACUGGACAAAUGUCGGCAAUUGCCCAGUCUAGUGCACUAGGUUCGCUUUGUGACGGACCC